AUGGCCAACAAAAAGGAAAUUGACAAUACUGGCGAGCAGUUACUGGUUCGUCAAAAAAAGCACAAAAGUGUUUUCGAUGCCAAUUCAUAUGCUGGGAAGAAGACAGUGGCACAAGGAUUUAUAGAUUUCGCUUUACUCACAGCGAAUGCCUCUCACCUGGCUACUUUAUGGCGCAGCCACAGCAAUGGAUCAACACCAGAGUUUUUUGUCAUUCUAAACAUCGGAUUGAUUCUCUCAAUUAUACUGCAGCUGAUCACCAGCCUCGUUCUCGUGAUUAAAUUUCGUUUAGACAUCAACAGAAAAGAAGACCAGCCAAAGGCAGAAAAAAUGACGUUUGCUGUAUCUGUUUUAGUGAUGUUGAUUUUGUUUACAAACGUGUUCAUUGCGGCUUUUAGUGUACAGUAA